GUUCGUUUCCUAGGAGUGACGGGUGGCGCCGUUGCAGAACCAGAAUAAGGAAGUGAGUGCGAAGCAGUGAGUCAAUUGCUUGCACGAAACCAGUUGGAGCUUGGAGAAACUGGGAAUCGACAGCCUACACUGCAUUCAGCAUGAGUAAAAAAGGGGCAUAUCCUCCGCAACAAGCUUAUCCUACACAGCCGAAUAUGGCUCCGCCAAACCAAUUCCCCACUGCUCAAGUUCCCCAGGCACCACCUUACACCGAAGCUCCUCCAUCUUAUGCCGAGCUUCACCAGCAGCCAAGAUCUGUCCAAGCGCGACCUGGUUAUCCAGGUGGCUACUAUGUACCAGUCACAGGCCAAAUGCAAGUGGGUCCAACUGGGGCACCCAUGCCCAUACAGUACUAUGCAGUGCCACAAGUCUUCUCUCCAUCUUCAACUGUGCUCGUGAAUGAUGGAUAUGAUCCAGGUGCCAGGUUUGGGGCAGGAGCCACUGCUAAUAUUCCACCUCCUCCACCUGGUUGCCCUCCCAAUGCAGCUCAGAUUGCAGCCGUGCAGAGCGGCAAUGUCAUUGUGACCCAGAAAAAGGCCAACUGGAUUUCCGGUGGCUCAAGUGGUGGUUAUACAAUCUGGUAAACAGAUGAAAGCGUGAACAAGAACGUUUUAUGGAAGGAACCAUUAAUCUUAGUUUGUUUAGACAAUUAAUGGAUGUAACUUGAUAACUAAGCUGCUUUGAAAUACUUUAAAAAUUUCUCUCUUUGAGCACAGAAUUUAAAGUUGUAGUAUAUCUGUUAAAUGCUUGUAAAACAACAUUGAGUACUUUAAAAAAUUUUUUAAAAAUCUGUUUAGUUUGUGUCCUUUUAAGUUUAAUCAGGCUAAAAGAAACCCAAUUAAUCGGAAUAAAUACUAAAAGAACUGUUGAUGCUGGAAAUCAGAAACAAAAGCAGAAUAUGCUGGCAAAGCUCAGCAGGUCUGGCAGCAUCCGUGAAGAGAGAAUUUAGAGGUAACGAUGAGUUCAGUAACUCAACCUGAAACAUUAACUCUGAUUUCUCUCUGCAGAGGCUGCCAGACCUGCUGAGUUUUUCCAAUUAAUCAGAAAGUGGCAUCAGUUGAUUUUAAGAGGAUUAGGAAUCAAUUUUUAUGAACCAAAGUAACCCUUUUGGGUCACUGUCAGUUUGCUAUGUCCCUGAUCACUUUUUAAAACACUGAUUUGGCCUAUGAAGGACAGAAGUGUAUGUGUGCGUGCACUGCACAAAUGAUUUCUAUGUAUAUUGCUGUAAUUGAGAAAUAUAUAAAGCCUCAUGAUGUUCUUCACUUUUUAAAAAUAAAUGCAAUUUUGGAUGGUU